AUGCCUCGUCCACAUGCCGCGAUCCCCCACUUCCUCCCACCACUUCAUAUAUAUCGACACAUUCUCCGCGAAACCUCAUAUCUGCCUCCAGCUAUCCGACCAGCGAUCCACACACAGAUUCAAACCCGAUUUCGGAAUCACCGCAAGAAUGAUAGAUUACGAGACAAGCACCUUGCCCAGGGUACUAAAACCCUGCGCCAUUUGAGGGCAGCCAAUAGCGGGGAGUCGUUUCGCAUGGAAAGUUUGAUGAUGAAAGCUUUCGGCAGAGCUGGAGCUCGAAGACGAAGUCUUCUCUCUGACUAUGUGAAGCUUGGGGAUCCUACGAAGGCCAAGGUUCCUAGCAAUUCAGAUGAUCUGGAGAAGUUGAUUAAGGAUGUUGAAUCGAUGGCCAAGUCUCCCGAGACCAACCCGACCGGGACUGCCGAAGCUACAACAGAAGUUGAAUCCUCGCCGAACGAGCAACAGGCCAAAAGCGCGGAACCCACACCAAGCGACGAGAUUGAGAAAAAGCCCAUUUCUCCUCGAGCUAAACGCGAGCCGAAGCCUCUUCAACCUGCAUUCUAUCAUAAAUGGGAUACAGAGAAACUGAACACGCUACUCCAGAGUCAGAAAGCACUUCAAGAAUCGGCAGUUUUAGCAUGGCCGAAACGUCCGAUCAAGAGUCUCAACCCUGACAAGGAUAUACCCGAAAAGAACAUAUGGGGGCAACCGCCUACCGAAAAUGUCUGCCAGGCCAAACGAGCCCGCUUCUGGAGGCGUGCCGCUGACAAGAUAAUGCCUCCGGUCAACAACGAAGAAUGGGAACUUCUCGGUCGGCUGAGCAAGGGUGCUCAAGAGGAAGACGAGCAAUGGCAGAUUCCACAGAGACGGCCAUCUGCGAAAGCUGUGCUUGCUGAAGACUCCAAGUUGUCGACUUUGGACUGGAACUGGGAGAGUUACGCUACUCAACCUACGAACAGAAUCGAGCGCAAGAGUCCACAUACAGCAUUCUCUUUCGUCGGUCGGGACAGGGAGAAACACCCUUAUCAAUCGCGAAUUGAGCAUAAGGAACUGACGCCGAGAUGGUUUCGCCGUGCUUAUCAGCGAGUCUGGCAGUUCACCCCCAGGGAGGCCUCAGACCAAAAACCAAAGACGAAAAAGAAUGCUUUUGAAUUCGGUGCCCUACCUAUUUCCGUUGUUCCUGCUUCGAAGGCGCAACUUGAAAUUUUCGAGGGCGUUAAUGCAAUGGGUCAGAAGUUGAAGGAUCGCCCCCAAUCUCAGGAAGCCCUCGAGUCUGAUCCUGAGACUGAGCCUGAGCUCGAGACUGAGCCCGAGACCCAUCCUUGA